UUCUGUUGGCUGACACUGUUCAAUACUGCACGACGUAUUGGUGGUAAAUUUACACGUGGUGCUACUUUCCGAAUAUUUUGUAAAAGAAAUCUAUUGUGUUUACAAAGACUCAACUGAACCUUGUUAUCCGCAAUUCUAAAAGAUGACGACGUGUAUAUCUUUCGAUGAAAAUAGUGUUUACAACUUCUUAUCCAGAAAAUGGGCUUUGGAUUUCAAUUCCAGACCACGUACUGCGGCUCCAAUUCCCACUAGUGCUCCAGAAUUGAAACAUCCUCCUGGUUAUGUUGAUCGUUCAUUUCCGGCUACCGCAGUUCGUGACUCAGACCCACAUCUUAUGCGUCAAAGAAGUUGGAACAUUGCAUUAGGACCGUUCCGCCAAGUUCCAAUGAACCUUUUUAUCAUGUGGAUUUCAGGAAGUUCAAUUUCGAUAUUCCCUCUGAUGUCCGUUAUUAUGCUCUUUUUACGUCCUUUACAAGCCUUAUUUUCUGCUCAGAACACAUUCAACCUUAUAGAAGGGAGUCAGGCUACAAUACAAUGUUGUGUAUAUGUUCUUGGUAACCUUGUCAUACUGGCUCUUGCUAUGUAUAAAUGUCACACUAUGGGUUUACUUCCUACAUACGCUUCAGAUUGGCUUUCAUUUAUAGAGUCACCGCAGGCAGCCGAAUGGUCAGCUGGAGGUUAUGUGGUGUAAAUUUCAGAAUGAUUGGUGGGAACAAGUAUUCAAACGCAAUAAAUAAUUCACAAUGUACGAUUGUUAUAAAAAUAAAAACCGGAGUGUAUAAUAUAAAUGUUUAUAUAUCAUUUAUUAAUUAAAUGAUUAUCAGUUAAA